UUAUUAAAAUGUUAUGAUUGGAGGUGUUUCGAUAUUGAUCCUGUAUUUCUGUCUUAGUUAGAAACUCGCGCUUUGCUUGAUCUUUGCAGAUCAUUUAACAUCUACUGAACAGUUUUAUUUUACAAGCCGAAAACAUGCCGAAGAGGAGGUCUGAGGACGUUGCUGAAGGCAAAGACUCAACAAAAGUAAUAAAGCCAGAGGCAACAAGAAGAUCUUCAAGAAUCUUGGCUCAGGGACCUCCACAACCUAAACAGGAGCCUAAACCUAAGAAGCCAGCUGCUAAGAAGCAAGCAGGAGAAAAGGCACCAGCAAAAGGCAAGAAAGGAGGUAAAAAAGACGACAAGGCAGCUGAAGGCACUGUGCCCGCUGAAAAUGGGGAAACCAAGACUGAAGAGGCAGAGAAAAAUGAAUCUGCUGCUGACAAGAAAGAAUGAAUGAAGCAUCUGACAUGAACUUUUAGUUGAUUUUAUGUACCUCUUGUACAACGGGAAAGAAGAAUAUUUUUUAUCAAGUAUUUUGUAAAUGCAUUUUUUUUUUUUAAAGACCUGUGGUAGUGGAAUUUACCAGUAUACAUUGUUAAGAUUUAUUCUAAUAAAAAGUCUUGCUCGCUAGGAUGCAUUUUUUACCAUUACUCCCUUGUUCAUGACAGUGGUUUGUUUAUCAACUGAAAUUAAAUUGUGAGACAAUUGUGUGAUUGGAGUCGCAUUCCAUGCACUCAUGUUUCACUAUGUUUAUAUGAGACGACUUCAGAGCUUGUAGUGACUUGUGUGCAUUUUGGUAGAUUUUCUUUUUUAUUAUUAUUUGAUAUUUUUUGUAUUUAUUUUUUGGGGCAGAUUUUAAAUAGCAAUAAUCAGUGGUGCUUUCUACUAAAAGUUUACAUGGGGUUAAAACAAACAAACAAACAAAAAAAAUUGAGGUAUAUGUGAUCACUGUUUGGGAUUAAUUCCAUGGAACUAUUUUAAAAUAAAAAAGCAACUUGUUUGGUUUGUGAA